AGUCAACAGGAGGCAAUGGUGGAUGGAAAAAUGAAAAUUGAUUUUGCGCCUGUGGACGUGCCCCUCCAAAGGAGGCUGCAGACUGCAGCGGUGGGCCAGUGGGUCUUCUCCUUCCUGGGUCUGGCACCUACCUGCAUUAUCUUGUUCUUUUACCUCCUCUUUACUCGCUUCUGGCUGAUCAGUGUGCUGUACGCCACCUGGUGGUACUAUGACUUCGACACGCCGGCACGAGGGGGUCGCAGAGUGGCCGUUUUGCGUGGCCUCAAAGUGUGGGAGUACAUGCGGGAUUAUUUCCCCAUCAAGCUGGUGAAGACAGUCGACUUGGACCCCAGACACAACUACAUCUUGGGUUUCCACCCUCAUGGCGUGCUGGUAGCAGGAGCCUUCACCAACUUCUGCACCUGCGCUACUGGCUUCCCGCAGCUGUUUCCAGGCCUCACCAGCUACCUGCUGAUGCUGCCUCUGUGGUUCAGAGCUCCAUUCUUCAGGGACUACAUUAUGUGUGCUGGUUUGAUUCCGUCUGACAAAGAAAGCGCUAGUUAUCCACUCCGCAAGAAGAAAGGUGGGAGUGCUGUUGUGAUUGCUGUUGGCGGGGCCCCAGAAGCCCUUGAUGCUCAUCCUGGCACCUUCAAUGUGCUCCUGGCCAAUAAGAAAGGCUUCAUCAAAAUGGCAAUGGAGCAUGGAGCUCACCUGGUUCCAGUUUUCUCCUUUGGAGAGAAUGAAGUGUAUGAUCAGGUGGAAAACCCCAGAGGAACAUGGCUUCGGUGGACACAGGAUCGGCUGCAAAGCAUCAUGGGUAUCUCCCUGCCUCUUUUCCAUGCGCGUGGUAUUUUCCAGUACUCCUUCGGCCUGAUGCCCUACAGACGACCAAUCUAUACAGUUGUUGGCCGGCCAAUCAAGGUGGAGAAGAAAGAGAAGCCAACCAGCGAGGAACUCAACGCCCUCCACCAGCUGUACAUGGACGAGCUCAGCAGUUUGUUCGAUGAGCACAAAGGCAACUAUGGAGUAGACAAGGAUGUUCAUCUGAACUUUGUCUGACCUUGACCCGAGCAGGCGGGGAAUUGAACGGCUAUUUAUAUCUAAAGCUCAGGUUCAAAUAGAAGCUUUAAGUGGUGUCCUCUAAGUGGUGGACUUGCCAUAACACUCCUAGUGGGUUUAUUACCUACACAAUAAUGCUUCCUGGUAUGUCAGUCAGUGUUGAAUUCAGAUGAACUGCAAAGAUUGACUGCAUUCGCUUUAAUUUACAUGAAAAUGUAAUUGUGGUUAGAUGAUAAAUAAACACCAAGAAUGUUUUUUUUGAACAUUUACUAAAUAAAUGAUUUUUUUUUGUAUGGCUAAUUUAUUUGUGUUUAUUCAGUCUGAUGCUAAAUAUUCUUUGAAUCAGUUUUUUAAAAUAAAGUUUUAAUGUACAAACA